UAUGUGAGCGGCCAGCGCAGGAGCCUGCCCCAGCGCCCCCCCUGCAGCCGGCGCCAUGGAGAAGCAGAAAGGCAGCAAAUUGCAGCUUUGCGUUCGGGGGAACCAAUGAGGGAACAUCGGUGCUGGGGGGACGAGGAAAAGGCCACCUGGGCCUCAGGCCAAGAAUCAGUGGGUUUCAUCAGCGGGCCUGCAACAUUUUAUCACAGCUGGGAGCAGGAAGUGGAGCCUGGAGCCGUCCGGAGUGGUGCCGAGAAGGGAGACGCAAAACAUUUCCAGAUGCAUGAUCUAGACAAGCUCCUUUUGGACCUGGAGUCCUUCCUGCUGAUCCUGGACCGGGAGAAUCUCAGCUACAUUGCUCAGGCCAAGAAGAAAUCCAUUGCUGAGCUACUUUCCAGGUUCCAGAGCCCUCCAUCAGAGGACGCAGAGUACAUGAUCAUGCGCUGCAUCUCGCCCUCCUCUGGGAGCAGCACCUUCCAAACGCCACCUGACCUGAGCCCACGCCAAGCAGCAAUCUUGUCUCCAGACCCUAUGGGAAGGGGAGAGUGUGACUCGCCUGCUACCAAUGGCCAGUGCUCCCCAGGCAGGACAAACCUGUUGGGUGUCCUGCCCCAUCUCCCUAGCCUGCCAGCUGAGGACUCAUACGAGGAGGCAGAGCCCAUCAGCCCCGAGGGACAUAUGAGCCCAGCGGGCGGCGGGGACACGGACAGCAGCCACUACGAGUCAUAUGGUGAGGAUGAGGACUGCGUGAAGGACCGUGCGCACUACAUCCAGUGGCCAUCUGCCGCCGGCACCGCUGAGGCUCCUGCUCGCCCCGAGGCUCAGCUCUGCGGCUUCCUCUGGAGGAAACGCUGGCUUGGGCAGUGGGCCAAGCAGCUCUUCAUUGUCCGGGAACACGCCCUGCUGUGCUACAAGUGUGCCAAGGACCUGCAGCCAGUGCUGGAGCUGGACUUGCGCGGCUGCCGCGUUGCCUACAAGGCCAAGCGCAGCAAGAAGAUGCAGCACGUGCUGAAGAUCACGGGGGCGGCGGCAGAGACGCUGGUAAUGGGCUUCCAGAGCCGCCAGCAGGCCGAGGACUGGAGGAAGGUGAUUGAGGAGGUGAGCAGCUCUCCUCUCAGCAGGCCUUCUGCCCACAGCUCCCCAGUAUUGCCCAGCUCAGAGCAGGGCAGGAACUCACACCAGGUGAGAGAUUCCCAGCUUGGCUCUGACUCAGAUGAGGAGAACUCCCAGAUCAGCCCAGCUGCAGCCGGCUGCAUCUCAAGGAAGGGAGGCUUUCCUGAGCUCCUUUCCCACAGCCCACGCAGGCAUCAGCUGCAGUUUGUGCUGAGUGGGUCAGUGCUGAGCCCUCUCCCCGAUGGCGAAGGAGGCAGUGGAGGCACAUCGCCUAACGAGAGGCUUUGGGGGCGCUCUGCAGGUUCUCUGAACGUGCUGCUGAAUGGCCAGUGGCAGAAGCUGUGGUGCAGGGUGGAGCAGGGCGCCCUAUGGAUGUUCAGAGACCCCAGCUGCACUGAGAGCCCUGAGUACGCUGUGCCGCUGGCGGGCAGCAAUGUGACCCCAGGGGCCAACACGGACCGACAGCAUCACAUCCACAUCAGCCAGCAAGGCAGAGAAGUCGCUGUCCUGCAGACCCACUCGGACAAAGAGAGGGACAUCUGGCUGAAGAUCCUGCAGGUGGAGAAGGAAGCGGAACCAGCCUCUGUAUAUGAAACCUCAGUCCCUGGAGAUGGACCCAGCUCUAUCCCUGUGGGGGGCCUGCUGUUGCGGAGAUUCCCAACCCCCAACACCUACAUGGACGACCCCUUUGGGCAGCUCACACCGGUGACACACCCCAGCCCUGUCUACUCCAAUGUGGAUAUACUGCACCAGCUGCAGCAGAGCUUGGACAGAGCCACCCAAGACCAGACGCAGAGACUCCCUUGUGCCCUUCCCGACAGUGCCUUCAGCAACCCCCAGAGCAGGGCUCCGGAGGAGACAGCUGCUCCUCCAGCCAGCCCGGGCAAGUCUCUGAACAGGCAGUGGGUAGAGGUGGCCCCAGAGCUGAAAAGCCGGGAUUUUUUCCAGUCUCAGCGGACGCUGAUGCAGCCUGCGAGAAAGGGUGCCCCGGACAGCUUGGAUUUCUUAAUUGGUAAGAGAGCCUUCCCCAAGCUGGAGGAGAAGGUAGGGCAGCUGGAAAGGGCGUGCCGGAUGAAAACCAGGCUGAAGGCUGGCUCGGAGAUGAACCUGCUAGCCAUUGGCAAGUCUCUGAAGGGCCACAUAGCCACUGCCACCAGCUCAGCAGGCUCCGAGGGUUCCUUCCUAACACCUCUGCUGAAACGCACCACCUCCACCAAGAGCGCCCUGAGGCGAGCGCCCUCUGUGGUCAUCAUUGAAAAGGGAAAGGUUCUGCAGAAGAGAAAGGAAUGGGAGAUGAAGUCUGCCAUGUAAUCGGCCCCUUUCACCCGCUGAGUGUUCCCAAAGGCAGGAGACAUUGCACUGUACAUAUACAUAUCAGACCGUGCGUCUAUAUAUAUACCAUUAACGCUGCAUGUGGAUCAUGCACAAUAAACUCUGAAUCUCUUUUUUUUUUUUUACCAUAGUUAUCAAUGUUACAAUAACUCUUUUUUUGGUUUUAAACUGACUGGAUUUUUAUAGGUUGUCUGCAGUGGCACUGAAAUGGAGACAAGGGGACCAGGCUGGGUGGGGGAGGGCUCACCCCAGCAUUACCGGGUCUGGACUCUUCACAGCAGCAUAUCCAUCUGGUACCAUUUUCCAGGGAGCGAUUCCACAGUGGCUUGUGAGCUCAUUAGCCACCAGCACUCUCCUCCUUGCGGUUGAUGUGACAGAGGUGGAGCUGAGAUGGCUUCUUUGUCUGCAUUUACGGAACCUUCCUGCAGCUUCAAGUUGCAUAGGCUGGUGCUUUAGAAGACAGUUCUUUUGAAUGCCUCCUGACACUCGGGGAUGAAAGAUGAGAACAAACGUGAACAACAGCUUCCCAUGCUGUUAGACCCUAAAGAAAGUGGAGAUACAAAGAGGAUGCUCUGGGCUACCUAGCCAUGUGUUCUUGAGUCCUUUGAAGUCUUUCAUGGAUCUCCUCCACUCCUCUUUCUAGCAGACACCUUUCUCCAUAGAGAUAGCAGCCCUCCUUUUGGUUUCCAGAUAGACACAGAUAUUUUACCAUGCAGGGAUGGAAUGAUGCAGCUCUUUGAUAACAUUACAUGCAUUGUGCAGCUGGGCAUAUCUGAAAUCAGAAGAAGAGUGCUUUUAACUGGGUACGCUGGCCAUACAACCAGGAGUCUAAAGGGAAGAAGGAGGCUGCCAGGAGGUGUGCAUGCUACCCUGCUGCGCUGCCUCUGGCCAGCUUUUCUUGGCAGCCCACAUGCUGGGACUGAAAGGGAAGGAAUAUGAGCAGGGACCAAGAGGUGUGGCAGCUGCUUUUAAAGUGGUCACAGGCUCUGCUAAGAUGAGACAAUAACUUCUGGAGCCAUUUAGAGACGGGCAAUUCACUUCUUUUUGAAACAUCAGUCCAAUGAGCUAACACCCUGUGGAACGACUGUAGGUGCCCACCGCGGUUUAGUGGAUCGAGCACAGGGCAGGGAGUCAAGAUGGCUGGCUUUUGUCCUCGGCUCUGCCACUCCACAACCUUGGGCAAGUCUCUUCCCCUCUGUGUCCCUCAGCUUCUCCCUCUGUCAAACAGGCCUAAUGACACUGACCCACCUUCAUAAAACAUCUGAGAUCUGCUGCCAUCAGCACCAGAGAAAGGGCAAAGUCUGGUUAGUAACUCUCUCCCAAACCUGAAAGCUCAGAUGCCCAGUGAAUAUUUAAGGGUGAGGCAUGGACACAACUUUCAUUACAGCAAGUGGCAUGAGAGUAACUGCUUUGAGAAUAGUGUAAACACAGGAGGGUUGAUUGUAUUUAUCUUUAUAGGGACUCAGUCAGCUUCAAGGUAAAAUGUUGCGAAUAAACUAGUGCCUUGUGUCACAAAUAACACAGUAGAUGAUGAAAAGAAUUUUUCAAAAUAUAGAGAACAUACUGUUAUUUAUGUUCUUCGGCCAAGACUUGGACAACGGAAAUCAGUUUCGCUUCACUUUCUGGUUCUGAUCUGCAAUCAGAGCUGCUUUCCCCUGGGUCUGCCCAGAGCCAUUUUGAAGUCAACAGGGCUGCAGCUGGCCCAGUGUGACAGCCACCCCAACAAACCUGGGAUUGAUAUAGACGCCUCCAGAGCUAGAAGCCUGAGUCACUGCACCUCAGCUGUAAGAGAUUCCCAUCCUCAGUGGAGCACAGAGAGGAACUCACACCACACAGUGCCCAAUGGGUCUCAUAAGGGCUUGCUCAUGCAGAAUCAGUAACUUACAGGAUCCGGGUAUAAGAACCUAACCGUAAUCUAGACCAAAACAGCCUUUGUUGAUUUCCAUUGCAUGGUGCUGCAGUGUUUGGGUUGCAAACACUGCAGGGGAACUGUUAUUUGUUUAAAAGCAACUGUUUGCAUUGGAUUUUGUUUUGUAAUUGUAGACUUAUUUUUUCUAAUGUUCUUGAGUUUUUUAAAAACAUGCUUUUACCACAUUGAAAUGGGGCGGGGGGGGGGAGAGGAAAUGUUAUAUUGACAGUGUGCCUUUAAAGGUUCUAUGUGUAACUCAUUAAUUCAGAAAGAUGUGAGGGUUAGAUGGGGGGAGUCUGUUUUUUUGCUGGGGUUUGGGGUUGUUUUUAAACAAAUUAUCAUGUCAAAUAAAUGUUUCAAACCCCACCUUUUAUCUUGUAAAAUGCAUGAUGCUUGGAGGGGUUUCCUUUAGUCUGGUUUGUGCAGUGAUUUUGUGAUAGGGAAAUAUUGAUUAGGAACAUGGCUGAGGUUCAAUAGACAUUUUGGUUCUGACCAAGGGUGAGAUUAAAAUAUAGGUGAGGUGAAAAAAGCUGGUGCAUGAAACGGCUGGAUUCCCAAUUCUCCUAACCCACCCCAUCAUCUCUUCAAGUUUAAA